AUGUGGUUCACACUCGCUGUCAUCGUUGGCAUUGGAUACCUCGGGAUUGGUUGGGCUGGGACCUGGUUGGGCGAGUUUGAAAGCAUCAUCUCACAGCCGAUAGGUUUCUUCGACCUCACCGCGAAUUCAUCUGGGGGCCUUUUGUCUCGGCUUUCCACAAACCCAGAUGCUAUCAAGUCUCUUGUUGGAAUUAAUAUCGCUGUUUUGAUGACAGUUGGUGUUGCGCUUCUAAGUGUUAUAGUUCUGGCUCUUGCCACGGGCUGGAAGCUAGGAUUAGUUGUGAUUUUCGGUGGGUCGCCAUUUAUCUUCAGUGCAGGUAUAGUGCACGAGAAGAUGGACAAUAAUCUUGAGAAGGUGGCACAGACUAUGUUUACCGAUAGCGUUAGUUUUGCUGCUGAGUGUAUCCAAGCCAUCAGAACCGUCUCUUCGCUUAACAUGGAGCCCGUUGUGGAAGCUCAGUUCGGGAGACUAUUGAAUGAUCAUUGUCAACAAGCAAUUCGAUAUUCAGUACGAACUAUGGUGUGGUUUGCCCUAAGUGAUGCGAUCGAUAUGUUAUGCAUGGCACUGGCAUUCUGGUAUAGGGGUCGCCUCCCGUCUUUUCAAGAAUAUACCACUACCCAGUUUUUUAUUGUAUUUAUCUCUAUUGUUUUUGGCUCCCAGUCAAUGGGCCAAUUUUUUGCCCACAGCUCCGAUAUCUCCAAAGGAAUCAACUCAGCUCGUGCUAUAUCAGAUAUGAGGAGACAAGUACCGCAAACAAAAGCCACCCAAAAAGUGUUGUUCCCUGGUAACUGGGAUGCCACCAACCCCUUGAUCGAAUUCCGUGAUGUCAGCUUCGGCUAUGCCACUCGUCCAGAUCAUAUGAUUCUCAAGAACUUCAACAUGAGUAUAUAUAUGCUGGUCAAUCUAUUGCAAUCUGCGACAUCCGGGGAGACUCGCAUUGGUGGUAUUCCAAUCCAGGAUUUGGUUCCAGCAGAAGUAACCAAUCUUAUUUCCUUGGUUAGCCAAGAGCCAGUCCUCUAUCAAGGCACAAUUGAAGAAAACAUCAACCUGGGAAUACCGACCGCCUUGUCUCAGAGCGAGCUCGAAAAUGUGAUCAGCCAAGCCCAGCUGUCCGACAUGGUGAGUUCGCUACCCGAUGGAGCAAAAACUUAUGUUGGAUCAGGUGGGACUGCUGUAUCUGGGGGACAAAAGCAGCGUAUCGCCAUCGCACGCGCUAUCGCACAGAAUACCCCUAUACUGCUUUUAGACGAGGCUACCAGUGCACUGGAUGGUGAGAUUGUCAGAGCACUUUAA